AUGGCCGGAAAGCCUGUCGCCGGCCGUCCGAAGACGACUAUCGAGGUACCUCUCUCUUCGAUCAAGAAGUACACCCGUGGCUCGGGUCCACCACCACCUCCUAUUACUCUCGCGCCGCCUCGAGACUCGACCGCAUACAUCAUCGACCAGUUUGUCCUGCCAGCGCCUAAGGACACAAAGCCAGACUCUCGACGGCGUAUCUUCUACCACAUCGGAUUUACCGACAUCCCCGCUGCCAGGCUUCUAGUGCCCUGCGACGAAGCCCUCCAAUACGUAUCUCCUCGCGAGGUGGAGGAAUUCGAAUAUGAAGCUCUUGAAAUUAAGGAAGCGGAGAAGGCUAUCGAAGCCGAGAAGAAGCGCAAGGGCCAAGGGCAGGCUCCCGUCAAGAAGAAAACUGGGCGCCCUCCCAAGGCUCGCCUGAACGACCCAGCGCUGGACGCACCCGCGGAGCCUGUCAUAUCGAUGCAAGAAGGGGACGUCCUGUUGGCCAAGCAGGAGGCUGUUGGCGGUCCCUCGCUGGCUACCCCACAGAAGCGAAAGCGGGCGGAAAUCCCCCGGUUUGACGAUUCGGACGAAGCAGCCAUCCGGUUCCAACUACAGAACGAGUCGGCAGCUGCCAGCGAGGUAGAGGAUAGCGGCACGGACCUGGAGGGCUACGAUUCGGCCGAUCCUCUGGCGGACGACGUAGGCCACCGAAUGUCAUCUUUUUCACGGGCUGGUAGCUCAGUAUCUGCGCAACAGCCCGUGGCCGGCCCAUCCAAACCAACAGUGAUAAGCCUAGGCGACAAGAGCAAAGUUACCGCGCGCCCCUCAUCGAGCGUCGCUUCCACCCCAGGAAGGAUUCAUCCCAUGUUUGCCCGCAGCAUUGAGGCAGGACGAAGCUCUGUCAGUGGACAUGGCACCCAGAAAUGGGCAGGCCAGAAUGGGGUAGGUCAUUCGCUUGGCUUUGGAGGGAAGACAGAGGCCAUUGCACGGGCUUCUCCGUCUCGAGACAGCACACGUCAGUUCAAGGCGGUUCCUAAGACAGCAGUGCAUCCUUUGCCACACCCAGCACAUGUCAAGCCAAUAUCUUUCACGCCUCUUGCAGUCCCUAUUGCAGUUUCCAAACCGCUAGUCACUUCUGACUCUCUAUCCAAGCAGAAUGAGUCCUCCAGCGCGAGGAAGCGUCGCAAAGACGAGCAGUCAAAACCGAAUAAAAAGCAAAAGAACAAGCUUCAGAUCGAUGAACCCGUUGCUUCCUGGGUAGUUAAAGAACUACUCGACGACCAAUGGGUAACCGAGUUCGGCGUCAAGGUUCACAAGUAUCUAGUCCUCUGGGAAGGCGAAUGGCCGCCCGACCAGAACCCCACAUGGGAACCUGAAGACAACAUCGAGGACCAGAGCCUCAUCAAGAAAUACCUGAAGAAGAAGCAAGCCGGGGUCUUGAAGCCUCCAAAGAAAACACAGCGGUCGAUGCUGUCGUAUUUCUCGCAGCCACAGUACUCUAGCGUUGCUGAGGCUUUCGAAGGCGAUAUUGACGAGCUACAGCCAGAAGCCGCAGUCGUGACACCGGAUAGUGACUCGGAUGACGGCGGUGAUGAGCUUUUGGUGACGGAAGAGCCUGUCGUGAAGAACGGGAAGGAGAAGAUUAGUAGUUUCACCUCGUUCGACUCGAAGCUGGAGCAGUACCAGAAGAGCUUUUCGAGGCCAUGA